GGAGAUGCGGAGAGAGCGCCGGGCGCCGGGAGCUGACUGGACCGCUCCAGACGGCGGCGCGUGCGGCGGCUUCUGAAAGCAGCGAGUUGGCCGAGCCCGGCUGCAUUUCCAGCAGGAGCUGCGAGCACAGUGCGGGCUCACAGCAAGAUGCUCAAGGUGCCAGCCGUAUUGUGUGUGUGUGCAGCCGCUUGGUGCAGUCAGGCUCUCGCAGCUGCCGCGGCAGUGGCAGCGGCCGGGGGGCGGUCGGACAGCGGUAAUUUUCUGGAUGAUAAACAAUGGCUCACCACGAUCUCUCAGUAUGACAAGGAAGUCGGACAGUGGAACAAAUUCCGAGACGAUGAUUAUUUCCGCACUUGGAGUCCAGGAAAGGCCUUCGAUCAGGAUCCAGCUAAAGAUCCAUGCUUAAAGAUGAAAUGUGGUCGCCAUAAAGUAUGCAUUGCUCAGGAUGCUCAGACUGCAGUCUGCGUUAGUCACCGGAGGCUCACACACAGCGUGAAAGACGCAGGAGCAGGCCGUAAGCAGUGGAGGGGGCCCGUGUCAUCUGCCUGCAAGCAGUGCCCAGCGCUCUAUUCCAGCCCCGUUUGUGGUUCAGAUGGUCAUACCUACUCUUCACAGUGCAAACUAGAAUAUCAGGCAUGUGUCUUAGGAAAACAGAUCUCAGUGAGAUGUGAAGGCCAUUGCCCAUGUCCUUCAGAUAAGUCAACAAGUACAAGCAGAAAUGUUAAGAGAGCCUGUAGUGACAUGGAGUUCAGAGAAGUGGCAAACAGGUUGCGGGACUGGUUCAAGGCCCUUCAUGAAAGUGGAAGCCAAAACAAGAAGACAAAAGCAUUACUGAGGCCUGAGCGAAGCAGAUUUGAUACCAGUAUUUUGCCAAUUUGCAAGGAUUCACUUGGCUGGAUGUUUAACAGACUUGAUACAAACUAUGACCUGCUACUGGAUCAGUCAGAGCUGGGAAGCAUUUACCUUGAUAAGAAUGAACAGUGUACGAAGGCAUUCUUCAAUUCUUGUGACACAUACAAGGACAGUUUGAUAUCUAACAAUGAAUGGUGCUACUGCUUCCAGAGACAGCAAGACCCACCUUGCCAGACGGAGCUCAGCAAUAUUCAGAAGCGGCAAGGGAUAAAGAAGCUCCUAGGACAGUACAUACCCCUAUGUGAUGAAGACGGUUACUACAAGCCAACCCAAUGCCAUAACAGUGUGGGGCAGUGCUGGUGUGUUGACAGAUAUGGAAAUGAAGUCAUGGGAUCCAGAACAAAUGGUGUGGCAGGUUGUGCUAUUGAUUUUGAGGUCUCUGGAGAUUUUGCAAGUGGGGAUUUCCAUGAAUGGACUGAUGAUGAGGAUGAUGAAGAUGAUAUUAUGAACGAUGAAGAUGAAAUUGAAGAUGAUGAUGAAGAUGAAGGGGAUGAUGACGAUGACGGUGAUGAUCACGAUGGCUACAUUUGAUGAAGCAGAGAUCAAUAAAUUUAAUAUUUCUAUUAUUUACAAAGUGAUAGCCUAUUGAGAAUUACCUUUUUGCUCCCAAACAAAAUGAUUCUAAAACUCACGUAUAUUUUGUAUAAUUAUUUCAAAUAUUGCAGCUAAAGUCAGAACUUUAUGUUUAAAUCAGUUAUUUACUUUGAGUUUUUAUAUGCCUUAGAGAAAAAGAAAACACAUAUGGAGUCUAGCCAGAUGGAAGAGAAGUAUGAAGAGCUACUCAAUAAACAAAUUUCCUAAGAAUAAACUAUGUAAAUCUCCCACAAACAAAACAACCACCAGUGUUGGAAGUAGUAUGUGUUAUGUUUUUGAGAGAUACUCUAAGUUAAAUUUAUAAUAACUUAUUGGUGACCUGGGUCCCCAGGAUUUUAAGAAAAUAUGCAUGACCUUAAUUGCAAUUCCAAAGUAGCAUUUUUCCGAAACCUAGAGAUGAGUGAGGGGAUACCACACAGGGUAAGAAAAAUAAGUCCUAUAUCGUGUUUACAUUAAUAAUGAUGUUUUUAAUUAUGUAGUUAUUCUGGAUAUGAUAGGAUAUUUUUUGAAAUGGCAAGUAUGGAAAACCAUGGAUUCUGAAAGUUAAAAACUUAGUUGUUCAUUCUAUUUUUUUUUUAAAUUUGGAUAGCAGGCUCAUGUAGAUGUUUUCUUUUAUAUUCUUAAAGAGCACGAUUUAUUUACCUUUCUAGAUUUCUUUAUCUUUCUGACCAGCAACUUAGGGUGCAGAAUUUAAACUAGGAAGACAAAGAGAAAGAUUUAUUUAAAUAUUUUCACAUAUAGUUUGUCACAUGCCUAAUGUCAAAUUUAAAAAUCUUAGUUCUUAUUUUAUUUCCUAUUUUAGAAGAGAAUUUACAUUUAAUCUAAGAAUUAUACCAUUUUGUUACUAGUGUCGAAACUUAGAGAACGUAUUGUAUGGUGCCUUGCAAAAUAGAAAUAGAAAGGUUUUAGCAUGCACACCAAUAUAGGAUAUUAGACAAUAUAUAAGCACACCUAAUUAACAAAAUUAAUACCAAUAAAGGUACUGCUGCUGGAAUGAAGAAAAUGGAAUGUGUUCCUUUCUUUUUUCUAUUGUUACAUAAUUGCCAUGUGGACUUGUUUAUGAUUAUUGUGUAGACUAGCAUUUAAGAUUUAACUGUAACAAAAAUACUUUAAUUGCUAUAUUUAAUUUAGCAUGUUAAUUAAUUGUGUAGACUUUUCAGCAUACCAUCACCUUUAAGUAUAUCAGACCUAUGGUUUUGUGCCCAUAUAAAAAUGAAAAAACGUGUUGAAUAUUUCUCAUUGCUAUUAUAAUUUAAACAGUGGAUCAACUGGUUUCCCAAUAUACAAUUCAUUGAAAGUAAAAUUGUUGGAUUAUUUCCAUUUGAUUAAUACACACUAAAAAAAGAAACUUUAAUGUUGACUUUAUGUAAUAUUUAAGGUACAAUGCAUUUUCUUUUUUACUGUUUAUGUAUAGUUUACAAAAUAAAGAAUCUUGUAACCAAAUUAAA